CUUCUCAGCAGCCUUGAUAUUGACACAGCGCAGCGAUGAAGUAGAGCGAGCUGACCCCCGAGCGCCCUUUUAGCGGCAUCCUGGUCAUGAGCAUCCUCCUUUAUCUGGUUGUAAUGCGUGUGCAUCUUCUCCAUCAAGCGCGGGUUACAUCGUCGUCCUAUGUCGGCCAACGUCGAGUCCACGUUUCCCAUUUCGGUAUUCAUCGAUACAAUCGUCUCGGCGGUACCAACGAGCUCUCGAUAUCUCGUCCCAACAAGAGCCCGGAGCCUCUCCUUAUUGCUUGCGAUGUCGCGGCGCAGCUCCUGCUCCACACGGCGCACAGUGGGAAUUGGAUAGUGAAAAGCAUCCUGCCAUGAUUUCAGGGCAUGAGGAUCCGGGCCGUCGGACGCCAUGGUGAAGGGGCAGGAUGCUGACGGGGGAAGCCAGCAGUGCGGAGGGACAAUGGC